UAAGAGUUUUAGAUUCUAGAGAGAGAGAGAGAGAGAGGGGUUUAUUUGUGUAGAGAGGGAGAGAGGAAAGAAGAAAGCGCGUGGAAAGCGAUUCCAAAAGACUUCUCGGUGCAACCUUAGACGACUCCGAAAUUUAUCAUUUUCUGGGAAUUGCCCUUCCAUCUCUGCUUGAAAUACUCAUCAAUGGCUGUUUUAGGGUUCAGUAUCUCAUUGUAUUAUGCUCUGUGAAACCCUAAUUUAAGCAGUUUUUGUUGGACGUUGGCUAGGAUUUAAAAGUUUUGCUAAUGGGGAAUUGAGGAUUGAUUAGGGUUUUGAAGGUUCAGCAAUCGAGAAUUAGAGGUUCGGUUGGUAAAUCCAGUCAAAACCAUCUGGAAAUUUCAUGCUUUGUGAAGCCCAUUAGGGUUUUGGUAUCUACUGAAAAAAAAAAAAAACUUUUACUACGGUUUGAAGGUUUAUCGAUGGCGGAUCCUCAGUACUCGAAUGCCAAAACCUCAGUUUGGUGGGACAUAGAAAAUUGCCAGGUCCCUAAGAAUGCAGAUCCCAACGCCAUUGCUCAAAACAUAAGCUCUGCACUAGCAAAAGAGGGCUAUAUUGGUACAGUCCAUAUCACGGCUUAUGCAGACACAAGCAAGAUACCUACGUCUGUUCAAAAUGCUCUUUCUAGUACCGGAAUUUCCCUUAAUCAUGUCCCUGCAGGUAUUAAAGAUGCAAGUGACAAAAAAAUUCUGGUGGACAUGCUCUUUUGGGCGGUGGAUAAUCCUGCUCCAGCGAAUUACUUGAUGAUUUCUGGUGAUCGUGAUUUCUCUUAUGCACUUCACCAAUUGCGCUUGAGGAAAUACAACAUUCUAUUAGCCCAGCCUCAACAGGUUUCAGCACCACUUCUCGCUGCCGCAACAACUGUGUGGCUUUGGACAAGCCUUAUGGCGGGAGGGUCGGCCUUGCAAAAUGGUUCAAAUGGUUCCUCUUAUUCACAUCAAGAGCAGAACUCUGAGCAACUUAAACAUGUCAAUUCAGACCCUACACACUUAAAUCACUCUGUGAAUUCAGUUAAUGGAAGUGUUCCGUUAGAUUCCCGACAAAAUCUCUCCGGUAGUCAACAAAGUACGAAUAUGCCGAAGACUGAAAAAUAUAAAGGAAAGCAAUUCAAGAAAACCCAAAGCCAACCCAACAUGAGUUGGGCUUCAAGCCAAGAUAGCAAUGGGAAAAGUGAGAAAUCCAAAGUUGUGAAGCAAAACCAAAGCUAUACACCCAUACCAAAGUCAGGGAGUAGUGAUCUUCAUCAAACUGCCCAAAUGAAUACAACGGGAUCAGGCUCUCCUGGACACAGCUCUCAGUUGCAAGACCCUAGAAGUUUAGCUUCACAAAAUUUCAGAGCUUCUCAUGAGUUUUUCACUAGCCAGCCACCAAAAACCAAUAUUGUUUCCAUGACAAAUACCGCAACAAACUCUGUGCCCUUUCCUGAAACUUCAAGGAACAAUGUGAAUAACUUUCAUAAUAACUUUGAAGCACAUAACACCCAGCCCCAGUAUGUCCAAUCCUUUGGGCCAAGCAACCCUCCUCCUCCACCUCAUUUCUUGAGGCCUGGUGAAACUCCUAUGGAUCCUCUUGCUUUCAUGCAUGGAAAUUCUUUUCCACCACAUGCAUAUGCUCCUAACCCAUCGCAUUUUGGUCCUCCUCCUUGGUCAGGCUUUCCUCCCGGUCCUGUUCCCGAUUUGCCCAACUUUGAUAGGUUGAAUAUUAUGCAUAACCCCCAGACCAUGAACCCUACAACUAAAAACAUGAAUAUGCCUCAAGAUGGUGGUCAUGCGCAUAGUGCAGCAUCUUUCUCUCACAAUAUGAAAAAUGUUAAUCAUUUCUCUUCAGCGCCAGAGAUGCAAACGCCUUCUUUGGAUAACAAAAUGGGCUGUAAUGGGUUGAUAGAUGCUCCCAAUGGUCAUCGACAACUAUCCACUACUGAGUUAUUCAACUUAGGGGUUCUUCUACGUGCCCUUGAAAAACUCAGGCUCGACAAGAUGAUGCCUACAGAAGCGAACAUAGCAGAUUGCAUUCGUUUCAGAGAUAAAAAAGUACCUGCAUUCAGCGUUGACAUGGCUUUAGAUAGAGCUGUUUCUGAAGGAAUACUAGUUGUCCUUUUGGGGGGUCCUUUUAAGAUGUAUCUCCCACAAAAUCAGAAGUUGUGGAAUUGCAUAGACCCAUUUAAAGCAAGCAAAAAGCACCCAAAGGAAGUUUGGGAUCAGCUUCAAAAAUAUCUAGCCUCUAAUGAAGGACGCUCUUCAAUAAUGUCUUCUCAGUGCAGGUACCAAGCUGCCUCAAUAUUGAAGAAGGAAUGCCUGAAAAAAUUUGCAUUGGGUGAGGUUCUCCAAAUAUUGAACAUAAUGAUAAUGAUGAAGCAGUGGAUGGUACCUCAUCCCUCAGGCUGGCAACCACUUAGCAUUAAUAUAUCCGACUCUUAGUGUGGAUCAGGGAUCUACACCUGCUGCUUUAUUGCUGUACAUAAAAUUUCUACACUAGCAUAGUAUAUUAGGUACGAUAAUUAGGAGCUGGUCACGGAAACUUGGAGGAAGAUAAUGAUGGGUUUUGUUAUGAAUAGUGAUAGUGUAGAUAAACUAAGAAAAUGAGGAGACCUAAAUCGGUAGGGCAAGCAAAUGAGGAUGGAGAAGUAUGAUACUAGACAUGUUGGGAAGUACAGUAUGAGACAAGUCAUGAAUUACAUGGGCUUGAAGCAUCUGAUAGAUCUUGCUGCCGGAGAGGGUUCGUUAUCAUUUCAGGAUUAUGCUGAGGUGUUCCCUUUUUUUCGUUGAUCAGAUAUCUUUCGUUACUGCUGAAAGUUUCUACUAUCAACAAUUGGCAUGCUAAACUGGUGCCUUUAGUGGUGACAGGUGAGUGUGCCAUCUCUUUUUUCUGAACCUUUUGAAGGUUACCUUGCUGAAGAAUGACAUGGGGAGAAAUCCAAAGUUAAGAUAUAAGCGUUCUGCAGUGGGUAUGGAUUGCUUCCUUAGCAGAUGGAAUCUAGUUUGAAACAGAAACCUCUAUGUAAAGGUUAACAUUUUUGGGCGUUUCUAGAGAGCACCAUGAACCUUUAGAUGGAAUGUGGUUUGAAGCAAAAACCUUUUGUAAAGGUAAACUGCUUGUCUGGAUGCCACCACAAAACGCGUACCACACCCAUUUUGGUGGCUUUUCAAGUGAUUUUAGAAAUGUGUACUGGUGGCUUCUUUGUAAGUCACCUCACAUUUGUUAUGUGUGCAUGCACAGAAAAAAGAUCCACCCUUUGUGCAUGAAAGAACUUAGAAAUACCUGUUUUAAUCAUAAGAGCAAAAGCGUGGAUUUUUUGUGGACCUCAAUACAGAAACUGACGGAAACGCAUACAGCAGCCAAAUGAGCCAUUUAAUAAUUUGGUUUGUUUUGAGAGACUGCAAUGAAUCUUUGCUCACUCAUACUCUACUGGAGUAGUGGGGUUUACAUUGUGAGGGCUUAUUAGAGGUCUCAUUUUAAAAUUUCUGAAGUUUCAGAGUUAUUCCGGUGAUAUUUGUCGACUGUCAUCUUGGCUGCCCUAUGUAACGUUUUUAGGUGCUGGAAGAUGAUUGAGGGCUUGGAAAGCUGGAAGAAAAUUCUCACCUAUGACCUUGAUGAGAUAAUCAUACUAUAAGAACAUUAAAUGGGAUUCAGGACAUUUUAAUUGGACAUUUGGGGUAAAAAUGAUCUUCCUCCUCAGUUAUUAAAACAAGGAAGAACUGAUAUCUCAUUAUUUUUCUAUGAUAUAUGUAACUGAUUUGCAGACUGAGUGGUUUGUUUGGACUUGGUCAUAUCUUCGGCGUCCAUGUGGUUACAUUCUCAGAUACAAUGAAGAUUCCGUGCCUUGAAGUUCCUCUUUGGAAACAUGGUUCUGAAUCUUUUGUCAGUUGUGGUAAUGGGAUUGCAGUUUAUCUGGUUGACAGGUGCUUUAGCUGGUUCUUUUGGCUGGGUCGAAGAUGUGCAUUCAAUUUGUAAUGUGUAUAAAUCUCGUUUGCGUAGUCAAA